CAUGUUUUGUUAAUGUUAGUGCAAAGAUUUUUAUAACAUUGAAGACGCGUAUGUUUUUCUUUUGUUAUAUUUCAAAUGUCAGACGACUUUUUAAAACAACAGCUUAAACUAAAUUUUAAUUCGAUUAACACAGCCUAAAGAUGGACGCAGCAACCAGCAUCCAAGUGGCCGACUAUGUUGUAUGUGUUGUUGUCUUGUUGAUUCCUAUGGCCAUCGGGAUUUUGUUCGCUGUUAAAGACGCGAAGAAGGCGACCAGAGAGGAAUAUUUGUUUGGAGGGAGACAGAUGUCUGUGGUGCCGGUUGCUUUGUCGCUUUUCGUCACGUAUACGUCUGCGAUUUCUUUGAUGGGAAAUUCUACUGACAUGUAUACAUACAGCGUGAUGGUUAUGACUAUAUAUUGUGGCUUUUCUCUUUGUUACAUUGUGGGUCUGUUCACCAUAGUGCCGAUGUUCUAUUCGCUACAACUGACAAGUAUCUAUGAGUACUUCGAGUUGAGGUUCCCCUCACGUGCAGUGAGGAUGUCAGCACUGACCAUUGGUAUGUUACAGACCAUCUGCUACAUGGCUGUAGCUCUCUACAGUCCAGCUCUAGGGCUACAGACGACAGCGAACAUCCCAUUGUGGAUGUCUAUUGUUAUUGUUGGCAUCAUCGGCACCGUGUACUCAGCUCUGGGUGGUAUCAAGAGCGUUGUCUGGGCGGACGCUUUUCAAUGUUUCGUCAUGUUUGGUGGGGCUCUUCCUAUUAUUAUCGUAGGUAUAAAAACUGCUGGAGGAUGGUCAGAGGCGUGGCCACUAGCUGUGAAAGGUGGAAGAGUUUCCUUUGACGUUUACGACUUUGAUCCAAGGGUGAGACACACUUGGUGGGGCACCACUGUUGGGGCUACAUUCUUGUGGCUAGGCAGUACAUUUAACCAGUCAACCAUCCAAAGAUUGUGUGCCAUGAAGACAAUGAGAGAUGCCAAAAUAUCGUAUUUGCUAAACAUCCCAAUCGUGAUCUGUUAUGGUGUUCUGAUGUUUUCUGUUGGCUUUUCAGUUUAUGUUUAUUUUGCGUUUCUUCAAUGCGAUCCUUAUAAAGGUGGUCUGAUUAGCAACAGAAACCAAAUAACGCCAUUUUUAGUCAUGCACGCUCUAAAAGACAUGCCGGGGUUGGCUGGCCUGUUUAUGGGCACGCUUUUUAGUGGGUCCCUCAGUACUAUAUCAUCAGGAAUCAGUGCUCUAUCGGCCAACACAGUGGAGGAUAUUUUAAGAAAGUCUAUUGGAGGUUUUCAGGAGAGCAGGAUCACAUUUUUUACCAAAGUACUGGUCUGCUUGUAUGGACUUGUCAUUGUUGGACUUGCCUAUGUAGCUGACUCCAUAGAUGGCCCAGUCACACAGAUGAGUUCGUCAGUGUUUGGAGCCUGUGGGGGUCCUGUGGUUGGGGUGUUUUUUCUGGGGGCAUGCAUUCCCUGGAGCAACAAGUACGGCGCCUUAGGUGGAGGUGGGCUGGCUCUUGUUUUUAACGUGUGGUUAGCCAUUACAGGACAGAUGUAUGGAAGGAAAAGUCGACCUUUGACCCCACCACCUGUAGAUGGAUGCUAUACCAACGGCUCUACGCUUCUGCAAAACGCAACAUUUACUUUUGUAAAUCUGACUUUAACAACACCAGCAGUUCAACCUAUCUCUAACAAAGACCCAUACAGUUAUGGUUUCUUCUUGUACGAUAUCUCCUACAUCUGGUAUGGUUUUAUUGGAUGUUUUGUGGCCUUCAUCGCUGGUGCUCUCAUUAGCUUUUGUUUUAAGAACUACGACCACACCAAGACAGACCCACGUCUGAUUAUACCAAUUCUUAGAAAGAUGUGGUCCUUGCCUGAACCGGAACAUAAACAACACAAACAAGACAACUCUACCUUUAACAGUAGCAGAGAUCUGUUGCGUUCUCCUAACAAUAUAAACACUGAGCUAAGUGAUUUAACUACCAAAAACCGAUAAAGUGUUUUGAUAUUUAACUCAAAAUAAUGGGAAAAAUUUUCAGCUGAGACACAGGUGUUUAACAAUAGUAAACUAAUAUAUAUGUAUAACUCGUACGCUUGAAGUUUCCAAACAUGUUUUCUAUACAUAUGUUUAAUUUGUUUUAGAGUGCCUUAGAGGAAAAUAAUUAAUAUACACAUAUUAUAAAAAUACAUUUUAAACAAUGAUUUAAAUAAAAUUUCUGUUAUAAAAUAGGGAAUACAGAAUGAAUUUUGUGAAAUUGAAAUUG